AUGCUGGAUGGGCCCCUGCUGGCGCGCUGGCUGGCCGCGGCCUUCGCGCUGACGCUGCUGCUCGCCGCGCUGCGCCCCUCGGCCGCCUACUUCGGGCUGACAGGCAGCGAGCCCCUGACCAUUCUCCCACUGACCCUGGAGCCUGAGGCUGCCGCCCAGGCACACUACAAGGCGUGUGACCGACUGAAGCUGGAGCGCAAGCAGAGGCGCAUGUGCCGCAGAGACCCAGGCGUGGCCGAGACGCUGGUGGAGGCGGUCAGCAUGAGUGCGUUGGAGUGCCAGUACCAGUUCCGGUUCGAGCGCUGGAACUGCACCUUGGAGGGCCGCUACCGGGCCAGCCUGCUCAAGCGGGGCUUCAAGGAGACCGCCUUCCUCUAUGCCAUCUCCUCUGCGGGCCUGACACACGCCCUGGCGAAGGCGUGCAGCGCCGGCCGCAUGGAGCGCUGCACCUGCGACGAGGCCCCAGACCUGGAGAACCGUGAGGCCUGGCAGUGGGGGGGCUGUGGGGACAACCUCAAGUACAGCAGCAAGUUCGUCAAGGAGUUCCUGGGCCGGCGGUCGAGCAAAGAUCUGAGAGCCCGCGUGGACUUCCACAACAACCUCGUGGGUGUGAAGGUAAUCAAGGCCGGGGUGGAGACCACAUGCAAGUGCCACGGAGUAUCGGGCUCCUGCACCGUGCGGACGUGCUGGCGGCAGCUGGCGCCCUUCCAUGAAGUGGGCAAACGCCUAAAACACAAGUACGAGACGGCACUCAAGGUGGGCAGCACCACCAACGAGGCCACGGGUGAAGCCGGUGCCAUCUCUCCGCCUCGGGGCCGGGCGGCAGGGGCAGGCGGCAGCGACCCGCUGCCCCGCACACCGGAGCUCGUGCACCUGGAUGACUCGCCCAGCUUCUGCCUGGCCAGCCGCUUCUCUCCGGGGACCGCUGGUCGCCGGUGCCACCGGGAGAAGAACUGUGAGAGCAUCUGCUGUGGGCGGGGCCACAACACGCAGAGUCGGGUGGUGACGCGGCCCUGCCAGUGCCAGGUUCGCUGGUGCUGCUACGUGGAGUGUAGGCAGUGCACGCAGCGUGAGGAGGUCUACACCUGCAAGGGCUGAGCUCCCGGUCCGGCCCGGCCUGGCUGCUGCAGGGUAGAGGCUGUGCGUGCGGCACUGGGUGUCUACACCUGCAAGGGCUGAGCUCCCCGUCCGGCCCGGCCUGGCUGCUGCAGGGUAGAGGCUGUGCGUGCGGCAUUGGGUGUCUGCACUUGCAGGGGCUGAGCCCCCAGUCAGACCCAGCCCGGCUGCUGUAGGGUAGAGGCUGUGCGUGCAGCGCGGAGGGGUCUACAUCUGCAGGGGCUGAGCCCCCGGUCUGGCCCGGCCCAGCUGCUGCAGAGUGGAGGUUGUGCAUACCGGGUGAGGGGUCUGCAACUGCAGGGGCAGAGCCCAUGGGCUGCGGCCCUCAGCACACUUGGCACAUGGUGGCAGGAGCCCAGACAUUGGCUGACUUGGCUGUCUCUGCCCUUUGUCCCCCCUCCAGAGUCCCAGAGGUGGGGAGUGGCCCUGGUCUGGCCCCUGCAUCCCCUUUGUCCGCCCCCACCCCCUGACCUGAGAGCAUUGUACAAUGCUUUCCAAACUCUGUCCAUCCCUAAGCGGCCAGUUACUGCAGAGCAACGACCCUCCCUGCUCUGGGCUCCCUCGAAGGAGCAGCAGGUGCACCUUUGUGACCACACAGGGUCCCUGUGCGGCUGCCUGUGGGCUGUCCUGCUCCAGCACUGGCUUAGAGAGUCAAACCACUAGGAGAGAGACAGCCCAGCCACCCAGGUGUACGGGGGUGGGGAGGUUCCCUCCGGUCCCCUCUGACAUGGAGCGCUUCUCUCGGGAGUGAUAGCGGUGACUUUUAAAUUAUUUUUAUUUAACUAAUAUAUAAUUAUUACUUGUCCAUCCCUGCCCUGUCUCAGGCUGCGGCUCCCCCUACUCCUGGCGGAGCCCGGUCUGGAAGGCCCCUUUCCUCCCUUCCCUUGGUGUCCCCUGCUAACCUCUUUGCCUGAUCUGCUUUGUUGUUUGAAACCACUAAAUCAAGAAGGAUGUUGCUGUUGUUGUUUUUCAAGUAGUAAAGCAGCUUGUGUCUGGCCACGGCCUUCAGGGCUUCUGGGAGCCGGAUGUCUGUAGCCAGGCUUGCUGCCCGCAUGAGACUGUCCUGGGAGUUGGGCGGACCCUGCUCUGGGCGACUUCGGGCAUCCAGCCCUGCACUCCAGGCCUUCCUAUGUCGGUUCGGAGGCCACGGGUGGCCAAGGAUGGCCUGCCCUCCCUUCAGGGGUGGGCAUGGCAGAGGGGAAAGGACAGCCCCUGGGAGGGGUCCUUUCAUAGCUUGCUUUGUGUUACUGCAAGAAAAGGCAGUGGAUGGUGACAAUCCGGGGCUAAGAUUUGGCAAGCCGCAGGCUGUUCUCCUUGGCCAUGCUCUUGUCUUUGCAGGGAAGGAAAACAGAUGGACUACACUGAUCUGGUUUGGUUUGAGUGUGUGUGCAUGUGGGCAUGAGUGUAUAUAUGUGCAUGAAUGCACACGUGCAUGUGAAGUGUACAUGUGCAUGAAGGCACCUGCAUGUCUCUGUGUGUUGUGUGCACAUGUGUGACACGUGUUAUGCGUGUGCAUGAGUGUGCCUGUGAGCACAUGGGUGCAUAUGUGCUGUGUGCCACAUGCAUGUGUGUAGGCAUGUGUGUUUGUGAACUCGUGCAUCUCUGGUACAUAUGUGCUGUGUGUGCAUGCAUGUGUGUUGUGUAUGUGAACAUGUGCGUGUAUGAUGCAUAUGUGGUUGUGUGUGCAU